AUGUGCCUGACGGCCAGCAAUCAGACUAUGGGAUGCGGGAAAAGCCGACAUCACUCACCCGGUGACUCCGAGACAGAUUUGAAGAACAGCGGCAGCUACAACUACAACAAGAACAGCAGCAAGCACCACGGUGGCAGCAAGAAUGCCAAAAAGAAAAACCUCUCCGGCGAGGACAAGAACCAGGCGGAUAGAACCGGAGAUUGUGAGACAGCUGAGAGAUCUCCGUCCUUCCGGAAAAUUUCUAACGGCAAGACAAGGAUAAAAGACAGAGAUGAGGAAAUCGGGUUCCAGGCCAGCUCUUCCCUGGGCAUUGAAAUCGCAGCUGCUUCCUCGGCGUCAACUGAGGACGGCCCUGACAGAUCUAAUGGUGCUACCAAACAACAGAACAGAAACUAUUUGUUGGAAGUCCCUAAUGAAAUCUCUAAAACAACUCAUCAAAGAACUGCAUGCAAAGAUUUCAAGACUAUAACAACAUCCAAAGGUGUUCAUAUCACAACUAGCCAACUAGAGUUCUUCAAGAUGUUGGAUGAAAAGAUUGAAAAGGGUUAUGAUUACCAAACGUCAAAUGAAGCUUCUGAAGUUUCCUCAAUUGACGAACCAUUCAAGCAAUGA